AUGGAUGGUGUUGAACAAGGAAGAAAAUUUGGACUCUUUGAAUCUGUGGAGGUUCUAACCAAAGUUUCCUCGAAUUCUAGCAAGGUUUCCAGUUACCAAAGUCAUGAUGGUGUACAACUACCUCCGGUGCUAAGAGAUCCAGUGCUUCAUGACAGUAUAGAUCCUUAUCAGAGGUAUUUCUCUCUUGGAAUGUAUAUGGAGGAACUCUUGCCCUUGUUCCUCUUUUUCUGGAUUGCUUGUUGUGUCAGUUUAGCUGCUCUUGUUGAGGCAAGUCUCGGUGUCAGGUCUUUUACUGAGAAUGGCAUAUAUGAUGAACCCCUUAUCGUACAACUGAAAAUUCUGAAGAAGCAUCUUUUGGAUAACUCUGUAAAAUUUCUUGAUGUAACGUCUCAAGCAGUGCGGGGGCGUGCACCUUGA